AUGUCCUAUUCUCACUUAAGUAACACGGGUUCUCGUUUUACCAAAGAAAUCUCAAAGCAAUUAUUACCACGCUAUCAUAAAUAUUUAUUAAAAUCUGUCCCAGAUUUUUUGCGUCCUAGACUACCACUAGCCACAAAGGAAAACCAGUAUAAAAAUGAAAGAGAUUGGGUGUUUAUGCCAGGUGAUCGUGUAGUUGUGACCGAUGGUGAUUGUAGAGGUAACGUGUGUGUUGUUGUUCGACACAAUAAAGAUACCAAUAGUUAUAUUUUAAACGAAAAUGGACCAACCAUUGAAGCCGCUGUCCCAAAAGAAUUAUGGGUUGAUGGCCAAAAGUCUCAUGUUGUAAAUUUUCCAAAAGCUGUUUUAAAAAGUAGUUUAAAACUUUUAGCUGAUAUUGAGGAUGAUAAAACAGGUAAAACAAAGACUGUUGCUAUUCAAAAUGUAGUGUUCCGUGGAUCUUACUUUGAUAAAAACUACAACAAGAUUAUGCCAAUAAGAUGUGUGUCAGGCCAAGAAGAUCUAAUUAUACCAUGGCCAAAACCAGAAGAACACGAGGAUGGUCCACUGGCCACUUCUCAAUCGAUUUGUAGGGAACAAACUUUUUGGGUGGAAAGUAUUGUUAAAGCCCCUAUUCCAAAAGCUGCUUUACCUAGUAUUAGAAACGAAAAAUCGAAAUAUGCUAGAAAGAAUGAGAAAUUAAGCACUGCAGAUAUAAAGAGGUUGGUUGCGCCAAAGAUGCCGUUAACGGACACUAAGAUGCAUUUCAUUGCUGAACGUAAAGAAUUAGAAGAAACUGUUUAUAAAAAACGUGUAUUAACAGAGGAAGCCAAGGAAAAAAUCGGUGAAAAAGUUUUUGAACAUUUGUCCAAAGAAAUGUUAUGA